AGCUGGAUUCAGAUAUAGCCCGGCCGUCGGCGCGAACGGAAGUCACCGAUAAAGGAUGCACUCGCCCGCCCAGUCGCCCAUCCUGGAUGUCACCGAGACCGUGUCGAUGCACUCCGACCUGGAUGCGGACCUGGAGUCCAAGAACAAUCCGUCAUACUCCAUUUCCAUUCCCCAGAAUCUCCGCCUGACCGGCCUGGGCUUUCCCGGCAUGAUCGGUGGCAAGAGAUCCGCGGAAUCGCUUCCCGCCUUCGAGUACAUCGCACCACCAAGUCACGCUCUCCAGGCCCUGGAAUUUCCACUGAUGGAGCUCAAUCGUGUGGGCGUGAUGGGAGGCGGAAUGUUUCCGGGUUUUGUGCACCGUCGGGUUCGCGGCGAAAAGCGACCCAUUCCGGAGGCCCAAAAGGAUGCCAAGUACUUUGAGCGGCGCAAGCGGAACAACGAGGCGGCCAAGAAGUCCAGGGAUGCACGUAAGAUCCGCGAGGAUCGGAUAGCUUUCCGAGCGGCUCUGCUGGAGCAGGAGAACUCCAUUCUGCGGGCACAGGUCCUGGCGCUUCGGGAUGAACUGCAAGCGGUGCGGCAGCUCCUCGGAGCCACAACAGCCGGCGGCAUGUUGUCCAUGGCCAGACAGCUGUAAGUUGCCGGAUAAGAAA